AAUUGAAAUAGUCAAGUGUCGGUACUCGGUAGUUAGUAGUUACCAUAAUAUAAUUAUCGUGAUUUUUUAAGUACGUGAGAAAUGUGAUUUACGUGUUCCUUUAAAUAAACAUAUGUGCAAACGACCUUUCCCGAGUGUUCGUUUAAGUAAAUAAAUAUGUUAUGUUUGUUAUAGUUCAGUAAUCAAGUAAUAAGUUGAAAAUGUUUAACACAAAUAUGAAAUUCUUACCUAAUAUUAUACAUGUACACUGUGCUACGUACAGCUUCUUAGCAGGUGCACAUUAAAAUAUUGUUUACAUAUGAUUCUAUUGAGUUAUAAUCCAUUGAUGUCAUGUAUGACUGAUGUCCCACAAUCGACGACUUGCAAGUCCUUAAUUCGACAAAAUGGCGUUAAACUAUGUCAAAGUCCGUCUUUGGUUAAACUCCAUGGCAAAAAAAGCAUAAUUACUAGUCAUCCCAAACCCUGGAAGAAGAACCUUUAUUCCAAUGAAGGUUACCCAGAUAAUUACACCGAUAAAUCAUUCCUAGAAGAACUAAAAAAAAACCUUCAUGUACGAAAGCUUACACUUUUUGAGGCGAUUCUCGGUGCUGGUUUAAUAACCCAAAGAUUGUGUAUUGUGGUAAUAUUUGCUCUAUCUUUUUAUGCGUUGAACAGUAAUAUAACUUUACCGUUGUUGUUGUUAAUUUCGCCCACAAGCUUCAAUUUGAUCGUUUACCUUGUUCUCUAUGAAAACCAAAAGGUCUUUCCAUUUUCACUGAUCAAGUCGACGUUUGCAUUUGUUGUGUCUGGUUACAUUCUAUCGCCAGUAUUGAAAACAUUAACAGAAACUAUAAGCACUGACACAAUAUAUGCCACAACAACAUUGAUGAUGUGUGUGCACUUAAUAUUUUUUGACUAUGGAGUAUCUGCUGUUAUAGUAUCAACGUCUCUAUCAAUGAAUGCUGCUUUGUUUGGAUCUAUAUGUCUGUGUUCAAGAUUACCAACAGCAUUUCAUGUUUUUGUUUUUAUCACAUUAGCAGUACAGUGUUUUGCAGUAUCCCCGAUACUUUUAUCUCCGCUGAAGUCUUCUAUAACGCUGUUGUUAUCGUUUGUGGUCAUCACAUUCAUAAUGUGUAUCAAAGCAUCAUUGCUCCUGAGCUGGUUAUUUUUAGGUACUAUCGUGUUCAUUAACCUAAUAUGUCCAUAUUAUUUUGUCAAGUGGUAUACAUUUAAGGACAACAUUUAUGGACCAUGGGAUGAAGCUAUUGUGCAAAAUAUUAAAAUUAAGGAUUUAUGACUGUGCGACUGAAACACUGGAGUAUCAAUAAUUUCAACAAACAUUUCUAUUGAAAUACCAUUUUGAAUUUUCAAUAAAGCAUGCAGACCAAAUAUGAAGUUACCAAACUAUUUAAUAAGUAUUUUAUCGCGAAUAGUUUCAUAUCAAACGAUCUGUUUAUUUUUAAAUGUUGAAAAUCUAAGGUGAAUUUACAAGUUUUAUGUAUACAUAUUUUUUUUUUAUACAUUUUAUCAACAUUAAUUUAUUAAUUGAAUUAUGGAUUUUAUAUUAACUAGGUAGUGUAGUGUUUUUUUAUUUGUAACUUAUUAUUAAAAGUUCAUUAAGUUGAUCCUUGAUGAAAUUAUUACACUGCACACUAAGUAAUAAUAUUUGUAAAUGUUGUGUAUAGUGCAAGUCCAAUUACUUAACUCUUUUUGGUACUUAUCGCAGAGUGAAUUUAUGACUUAGUUGCAUAAUAUUAAUAUAUAUUAUAUAAUUAUUAUAAUUUAUCAUAAAUUACAAUAUGAAAAUUUUUUUUAUUUUGUUUGCUAAUUAAAGAAAAUUAUAACUGCAUGUUACAAAUAUUAUUAUUAAGAUGUUAAAUUUUUUACUAUGGAUAGAAUGUGUUCCUUUUAUUUUAAUUUAAUAGUUGUGUUCACCUUGAUUGUUAUGUAACAAACUAUUCCUAUUAUAAGUAUAAUAUGUAUAAUUAACUUAUUUUAUGUUUAUAAGCAUAAUAUCUGAUUUGAAUAUUCAUAACUACAAUAUGAAUGUAUUU